GGGGGCGCGGGAUAUUUUUGCAAAACGCGCGAAACGCGAAAUUUCAUGAAACAACACUGAAAAUUGUAACAAGGACUCACGAUGUCGACCGUAUCGAAGCUGGAAAUUCGAGGAAUACGGAGUUUUGGCGGGGAUAGCGUGGAUGUUCAGAAAAUCAGUUUUUCCUCCCCGCUCACGUUGAUCGUUGGGCAAAACGGGUGCGGAAAAACGACAAUCAUCGAAUGCCUGAAGUACGGCUUGACCGGCGAGCUGCCACCCGGCUCAAACCGGGGAGUCGGAUUCGUGCACGAUCCCAAGAUUUUCAAAACCGUCGAAAGCUUGGGUCAGGUGAAGCUGAUGGUAAAGGAUAUUUUCGGCAACAGCAUUAUGGCAAUCCGAUCAAUGAAAACGACGCAGAAAGGAAAGUUGCCCAAGUUUGAAACGCUCGACUCGACCAUCGUGCUGGAAGAUUCCAGAACGAAGGAGAAAACAACGAUGACCCGCAGCCGCACCGCUGAUGUGAACAACGAAAUGUGCGAUGCCAUGGGCGUUUCGAAAGCUAUCCUCAAUUACGUAAUCUUUUGCCACCAAGAAGAUUCCUGCUGGCCGCUGGGUGAACCGAAGGAUUUGAAGGAUCGCUUCGAUGCCAUCUUUGGCACCAGCGAUUACAAACGUUUGAUCGAUAAGAUGCUCAAAUGCACCAAGGAACUCGCCAAUCGCCAGAAGGAUAAACAGGGCGAUUUGAAACUACUUAAGGAGCUGAAAGAACAGGCCGAACGGAAGCGAAUUCAGCUGGAAGACGCCGUACGCAAACAUGAUGCGCUGCAACAGAGGAUUGGCGAUCUUGCGACCGAUAUUGCUCCGAUUGUAGAGAAAUUGGAGAAUCUUGCACGCAUCGAACGGGAGUACAGCUCGUUGGUUGCCAAGAGAAUUGAUCUUCAAUCCAAGAUUCAGAGUAAGGACGACGAGCAGUGUAAGUUGCAAUCAAAGAUAAAACAUCUAUUCGCGGGAUCCGUAAUGGAGCUGGAAGGAGAAUUGAGAUUGUUUCAACAGAAAACAUUUACAAAGCAAGACGAGCUGGAGGUGGAAAAAUCGGAGCUAGAAUCAAGCAAAGCCAAGGAACGAUCCAUUCAAAGUAAUCUGCAGAGGCUGGAUGGUCAGAAAAUGACACUGACUGCCAAACGGAACCACGAACAUGAUCUCAAGGUCGAUCGUGGGAAGAAGAUGCAAGAUCUGGGAAAGAAGCUGAACCUUUCUCUGCCCUCGGAAUGCACCGAUCCAUCGCUCGAUGAAAAUCUAGUUGUAUCGAUUCUAGAUUGCAUCCGAGAUGCGACAAAGAAGGAGGAGAAGAAUGUUCAAACCAUGGCAGCUCAAUUCGACGAGGACGACGUAAAGAAGCAAAAAGAGAUCGAUAGGCUGCGAGAAUCGAAAGCUACUCUUGAGAGUGAUUGCAUUUCCAAAAAGAAGCAAAUUCAACAGAUGGAUCGAGAAAAAAUGAACACCGAGAAGGACGUAGCUACAAUCGAGCUCUCGGCGGAAACACUGGAAAAGCUGAACGAAGAAAUAGCAAUGCUGGAGCAAGAAUACGAAAAACAUGCUAGUACCACAAACCUUCCUGCACUGAGGACGGAGCUGGCAGCAAAGAAACAGCUGAUUAAAGAGCUGCAAGAGCAAUCGGACAGCCUGGAGGAACGUAUUCACGCCAUGGACAAGUUUGCGAUGAAAGAAAAGGAACUAACCCUGAGAGAACAACAGUAUAACGGUCGCGAGGCGGAAGUGCGUCGAUUGAGAAACAAACAUGCAGAUAGCCUUCGUCGUCUAUUUCCCGAACGGACGAUUGAAUCAAAUUAUAAGCGUAACUUGCAGGAUCUGUACGACUCGAUGCAGCGAGAGAUUAAUGGGGCCAACGAAAAAAUACGUCGUUCCGAAGGUGUUAUAACAGAAAUGGAAACUUUGAGAAAAACGCAAAAACAACAGUUAGAUCGCUUAACACGGGAGCAGACGGAAAGCGAGGAGAAGAUGUAUUCGGCAUGCCGCGGUAUGCCUUACGAUGAGGUCGUGGCUAGACUAAAAGAAAAAAUUGAACGCAAUACGCUGGAGCAUGGUGAAGCUAGAUCGGCUGUGGUUUUGUUUCAGAAGUACAUUACCAACAUCAACACCGGCCACUGUUGUCCCGUAUGCGACAAAGAUCUGACCCCCGACGAUGCUCAGGAUGUGAGUGGCAAGCUUUCCGACGAAAUUCGUCGUUUGCCACAGAAAAUUGAGUCGCUCGAAAAGGGCUUAAAGAGCGAUCGGUUGGAAUACGAUAAACUGUUGGCAUUGAAAUCAGUGGCUGAGAUGCUUGACAAGCAAAAGCAGGAAUUGCCCAAAAUGAAGCUACAGCUGCAAGAAACCGAGCGGCGUUUUGCGCAAGCAUCAGAAGAACUUGAAGAACUUCAGAUAGCACUAUCAGAACCGACAUCCACCGUUCAACUCAUCAACAGUAUCGUGGGAGAUAUGAGUAUUCUGGAUGAAAAUAGUCGUGAGCUGGAGCGCAUGAAACGUGGAGUGGAGCAGUUGAAAGAAGAACUGCAGGCCAUUAUUCCGCCGGGCGUGAAAUCGGAAGAUCUGAAAGCCCAACGAGAGUCACUUCGCGUACAGCUGAGGCUAGAACGUCGGCUUAGCGAUGAGCUGCAAGGCAAGCUGGACAGCAAAGCGGAAAAAUUGAACAACCUGCAGUUUCGCAAUAAUGAAAUGAAGGCAAAAAGGUUGAAGCUACAAGAAUCUGUCCAAUCGUUGGGACAGAAGCGAGAAAAGGUUCUCGAAUUGGCGGAUAAAAUUUGUUCCCUAGAGACUGAUCUUGCCGAAACGCAGUGUUGCCUAGAACCGAUGAAGCGGGAACUGGACCAGAAGAUCGCCGAAAAGCUCAGUGCAAAGCAACGUAACAGCCAACAGUUGCAAAAGGCUCGCAAAACAUUGGAAGGCUUGAACCAGAACGAAACCGAAAUUGAACGGCUCUGCAGUGAGCUAGACAAAUUGGCAUCGUUAAAUCUGUCGUUGGAAUUGAAUCGUUUGCAGGACAAAAUAGACCAAGCGAAGAACGACUGGGAGCGUACACAGCGUAUCAUCGAGCAGCAAACGGAAAACAUCGAGCGCAUGAAGCAAGACAUCGCCAGUCACCAAAUCCAGGAGCGGGAUCUUUUGGAUAACCGUGAUUUGAAAAUGUUGAUGCGUGAAUCAUCAAAUCUGCAAGAAGAGCUGAAUGCGCUUAUGAAAAGUAUGGGAGAAAUAGAUUACAGCAGCGUGAACGAAGAGCGUACACGUUUGAUUGAUCUUCGGGACGGUCUGCAGGUGAAGCAAAGUGAGCUGAAAGGACAGAUCCAAGAGUUGAAGUUGCAAAUCAGAGGUUUACAGGUAGAGCUGGAGCAGGGUAAAUUCAAGGAUGCCACACGGAACUACAUGAAAACGCUUUGCGCAUCGGUGGCACUGCGCAAAAACAUUAGCGACGUGAAAAAGUAUCGCGAGGCGCUGGAAAGGGCCAUAUGUGAAUAUCACACUGAAAAGAUGGAGGUAAUCAAUCGAACAAUUCUAUCGCUGUGGCGCGCUAUCUAUCGUGGAAACGAUAUCGAUUACAUCCGUAUACGAACGCAAGAUGGCGAGAAGGACAAGGAGAAGGAGAAGGAGAAGGAGAAGGAGAAGGAGAAGGAGAAGGAGAAGGAGGAGAAGGAGAAGGAGAAGGAGAAGGAGAAGGAGAAGGAGAAGGAGAGGGAGAAGGAUCGGUCGGAUCGUCUCCGACACAUCUAUGGAGUCGUUCAAUCGAAGAACGACGUGGAAAUAGAGAUGCGCGGACGGUGCAGUGCCGGGCAGCGGGUUCUUGCAUCGCUGAUUAUACGCCUGGCAUUGUCCGAAACCUUCAGCAGCAACUGCGGCGUAAUGGCGCUCGAUGAGCCCACCACAAACCUGGAUCGGGAAAACAUUGAAUCGUUGUGCGACUCGUUGCGCCGGAUCGUUGCAGAGCGCGAACAGUCGAACUUCCUUCUAAUUGUCAUCACUCACGACGAGGAGUUUGUUACGAAGCUGGAAAAGUUCGAAACUUAUUACCGCAUCUCGCGCAACCGCGAGGGAAAAUCCGUUAUUAAGGAGGAACGAGUGUAGAAAUCAGCUGUCGCUGUCUACGCGAGGACUCGUUCCUAUCAUAUAUAAAGGUCCUGCUGGCUUCCGUUGAAGAGACAGUUGCGAAUCGAAAG